AUGGAUCGUCCUACAGUUGUUCAUUUAAAAAGAAAAUCAAAAAAUUAUUAUGUCUCGCCCAUACAUAGCGGAGAAAGCGACUCGGGUGCAGAUCCAGAUUUCAUCAACAAGCAUCCCGGUGGUGACAAAAGUUCAACGAAGUGUACAGAAGAAGUUAUAAAUGGAAACUUAGCAGAGAUAGAAGCUACAAACGGCAAGAAAAGAAAACGGAGUGUUGGUAGCUGGUCUUUAAAAAAGACUAAAUUAUUAAAUGAUGAAGGCAAACAAAAAUUGAUGGACAAGUACAAUCUCCACAUGAAAGAAAAGAAGCUGUCCCGUCUAGAGAAGGAAGCUGGUAAAAAAAUACAAAUGGUUCAAUCGUCGCAGUGUAUGACCUACAGACUAAACUGA